UAAUUCUAAAUGUUAUCAAAAGCUUGUCAGAAAGAGAUGUUCAAGUGUAGUUGUAUUUUAGGCAAAGUCUGACUGAAACUGGGUAAAAGAUACAUUUAAACAAAACUACAAAAACUCAGAUUAUGAAUUCCAUACGCUUUUAUAUUAUUUUACAUGCAUUUGCACAUAGAGACAAGAGCAAAAAAUAAAAAUAAAUAAGAGGUUACAAUGCUUUUACAUGUCCAGUCCAGUAGAUGGCAGUAUGCAACCCCAUAAUUUGCCACAACGAAGAACCUUCGACAUGUUUGCUGACCGUUGAAAAAAACCCACGAAGAAGAAGAAGAACGUUGGGAAACUCGACGCUUCACUGAAUUUAACCGAAGCCGGACCCAUUUGCAGUGUGUUCCUCUGCACUUUCGAUUUUGUUCCAGCAUUUGUCCGUUGUGUGGAGUUGUUUGUGCCUCAACAUGGAAGUCGUCAUCCGUUUACAGGGACUAAGUGGCAUGGCAGAUUCUGGGGAUGUUCGCAGGUUCUUCACUGGCCUCCAUAUCCCAGACGGAGGCGUGCAUAUAAUUGGUGGGAAACGAGAAGAAGCUUUCAUUAUCUUUGCUUCAGAUGAAGAUGCGAGAAGAGCCAUGACACGGUCAGGGGGAUGCAUCAUGGAUUCACCGGUAACCUUGCUACUGAGCAGCAAAACAGAGAUGCAGAAACUUCUUGAAAGAACGGCCCAACAUGUUGAGCUGGAUCAAAAGAACGUAUUUGAUGAUGAUGUUGGACGUGCACAAAGAUAUGUGUACCCAGAGGUGGGCCCAGGAUCCAGUGGCCAAUCAGGUUAUAGUCCUGACUCCCAGCAUCAGAGGCCUUCACAAAAUGAAGAGUUCUAUGGUGUAUUUCUUAAAGGUCUGCCAUUUAUGGUGACUGAGGAUCACAUUCGUAAAUUUUUUUCUGGUCUAACCAUAGAUAAAAUUCUGCUGUUAAAACACCCGGAUGGACGAUUGAAUGGAAUUGGCUAUGUUACAUUUGCAACAAGGCAGGAUGUAGGCCAGGCCUUAAGGAGGGAUGGGCAAUACAUUGGAACAAGGUACAUUGAUGUUAGGAGAACAUAUUCCCAUGACUGGUUUAAUGCUGUGGCGAAAAUGCGAAUGCUUGGAUUCAUGUCUGAGGACGUCGACAGAACGAGGAGCAACAAAACUGACCACCUUCAAAUGUGGAGAUCACCUGGUUUCAGCCGGACAAAUCCACAACGCGAUAGGUCACGGUCACCUGUGGCCCAGAGGAAUAACUCUCCAUCUACCGGUAAUAAAGAAUACUGUGUGAUGUUGGAGAAUCUGUCUUUUUCAGCAGAAGUGGAACAUGUAAAACUGCUUUUUCCUGACGCAAAACUCAAAAAUGACCAGAUCCUGUUCUUAACAGACAAGUAUGGACAAAGAACUAGAUCUGCAUUAGUACUCUUCAGGAGCCGCCAAGAUGUUAGCGAAGCCUUAAGUCCUGAGAGUAAACGGUUAUGGCAUCAAAGCAUAUCUGCACGUCCCAUCUCAAAAGACGACAUGGUCAAGCUUAUGGGUUCUCAAAAUGAGAACGUCAGACCUUCUGGAAAUUUGGAAAGGUCUGAAUACCAGGAAGGACCUUCUUCUUACCCCAGGAACUCAUAUGACACCGAGAGAUCAUGUGUGUUCGUGAGGUACCUCCCAUUUGAUGUGAGGAAAGUCGAGAUCCUCAGCUUUUUCCGUGGGUUUAAUGUCACAGAGGACAAAGUUCAUGUUCUGCAUGACCACAGUGGUGCAAAGGUUGGACAGGCUUUGGUUGUUUUUGGGUCUGAGGCAGAGGCUAUGGAGACACUCCGUCUCAAUGGACGUCAGUUUCUUGGUUGUGAAGUGAUGAUGAAUUGUAUCACACGUUCUCAGAUGAAACAGUUGGUUGAUGAGACACUUAAGGGGAGUGAACCAAUGCCAAGAGAGGAGCAGUACUCAGGGAGGAGCAGCGAGGCGUCUUUUCCACCUGAUAACUCUUCUUACCCUGAUGCAAGCAUUGCUCGAGAUGGUAAUAUGCCAAUGGCUAAUACGGGGGAUCGCUUCCAUGGAGGUUCCAACAAUGAACCUCGUGCAGUGAGUUCCCAUUCUCCACGAUACAAGGGCAAUGGUGCUGAUGACCAUUUUGGUCCUCCAGCACAGCAUUUGGAUAGUCCUACCUGUGUGCAGAUGAUUAACUUGCCAUUCACAAUCAAAUGUGAAGAAAUCUAUGAUUUCUGCCAUGGAUACCACGUCAUACCUGGAUCUGUCUCACUUGAGUAUGAACGAGGCGGAGCACCCAAAGGUUCUGCUACUUUGUUAUUUGAAUCCUAUCAGGAGGCUUUAAGUGCAGCUCAGGAACUAAGUGGAAGACCAAUAGGUUUGAGAAAAGUCCAGCUGUUCCUUGCUUGAAGGAUAAAUUUCCUUUCAUUGAUUUGCCAAGUCGUACUGCUUUAGGGUGUACGUGUACUUAUGAAUGAAACAAAAAUGGUGUAACUACAUCUAGUCAGUGUUUGGAGUAGGGAUUUAUGGUUCUUGUUUUUUAUCUUGUUUCAUUUAACUUUUUUCCCCUUUAUGCAUUUUUAUUUCCGUAGAGCAUUGUGGUAGGCAAAGUAAAUCUACUUUUUAUUUGUACAUGUAACUUUGUAUUGUGACGUGUUGAAGGUCACUGGGUUCCCCCAUCCUCUAAAAAGGUCUGCAAUCGUCCCUUUGUAAAACAUCAAGCGUAUUCAGACGUCAGGUCCAUACGGAGUUGUCGGAAAUGACCGUCUGCUCCAGAGCUGCUGCUGCGCCUCAGCUUCGGCAUGGGGCAAUGUUGGUCCAACCGAGCUGCUAGCAUGUGCUCAGACGUCCUGAAACAAGGGUCUGAGGAGAAGAGGAAGCCAAUAACCUGUAACGUUAAUGGGUUUACCAGACCCAUCACUAAUAAAAUAGAUAUCUGGAUUAGUUUGCAUGAUUCUGAGCAUUAUUUUUGUUGAACAAAUUGAUUCCAGUGAAGCUCGGAGUGUUGCUGCUGUCAACAGAAUCACAUGAUGUGGAGACACAGCUGGUGCCAACGAUGGGGAGAGAAAACAUUCAUGUUAAAAUAAAAAGUUCUAAAACCAACAAGCAAAGUAAUAAAGAGACACAGGCCAACUGUGAAAUAAUACAUAUGUGUGAAGAUCUCUCAUUUAUAUGACAGAAAAAGUGAAAAACAAAGUGGUUGUUUUGAUGUCCCAUCAACAAUUCUUCAUAAAAUGUUAAAUCAACUUUAAUCA